CCUUCAUUAUAUAUAAAAACACAUGUAGUGAAUUUACUAUUUUUUUGCUUUUAAGAAAAAACAUAACUGACUGUAUAUGAUGAGAGAAGUUUUAAGUUGACACAUUUAUAUUUUGCAAUGGAAUUAGCGUGCACUUGUUAAAAGUUGCAAAUUUGUAAUUAAAGUUGUCUAUACAUUUUCAGCAAAUGUAAAUAGGAGUUUAUCAAAAUAAUCAUAUAUUGUAAAUGAAAAAAGAAUUCUAAGUUUGUGAUUACAGAAAAUGGAAAAAUAUGAAGUUCUUUGUCAAAUUGGGGAAGGCUCCUUUGGACAAGUAUAUAAAGCAAAAAAACGAUCUAAUGGAGACAUUGUUGCGUUUAAAGUAAUCAGAAAGAGAGGUCGAUCGGAAAAGGAAUUAAAAAGUUUACGUCAAGAAUGUGAAAUUCAACGUCAUCUUCACCAUCCAAAUAUCGUUCAAAUGUUGGAUUCCUUUGAAACUGAGAACCAGAUAGUCGUCGUCACUGAAUAUGCUGAUAAAGAUCUCUAUGAAAUUAUAGGAAAAACAGGUCGAUUAUCAGAAGAAAGGGCUCAAGUAAUUGCUUGUGAUCUAGUUUCUGCACUAUACUACCUUCAUUCGAAUCGAGUAUUACACAGAGAUUUAAAACCACAUAAUGUACUUCUUGAAACAAAUGGCGUGGCAAAAUUGUGUGAUUUUGGAUUUGCUCGUAGUAUGAGUACUGGGACUCAUGUACUGACUUCUAUAAAAGGGACUCCAUUGUAUAUGGCACCCGAAUUAAUAGAAGAACGUCCAUAUGAUCACAAUGCAGAUUUAUGGUCCCUUGGUUGCAUAGUUUACGAAUUAGUUGUUGGAAUACCACCUUUUCAAACAACUUCUAUUUUGCAUUUGAUAAAACUCAUUCGUUUUGAAUCUGUGAAGUGGCCGCCUCACAUUUCAAGCAUUUGUAAAAGUUUUCUCCAAGGUUUAUUACAAAAAGAUCCUUCUCAGCGUUUGACUUGGCCGGAUCUUUUAGAGAAUCCGUUUGUUAAGGAUAGAAUUAUUACUGUUGGCACUCCUAUUCCAACUGCUCUCACUACUCCACUUUCAGCAAGUCAAGAGAAAGCUAAGCAACAACAAUUUCAUAUACUCAACGUUAAGUCAAACAAAUCAAAAGACAUUUUAGAAAGAGCAGUAUUGAAAGUUCAAGAACAUGAGCGAAAGUUACGAGAAAUUCAUAGGCGAGGUUGUAUCUCACAAGUACGUUUUCCUGCUUUGCUUAAUUACUAUGCUUAUGGAAUGAAUCAACAACCAUGUCCAGUACUGAGACGUAGUGAACCAAGUGGGACAGACUCAAGCACGAGUGUCGACGUUCUUCUUGGAAAUUUAAGUUUACGAGCAUCUUUACAAAGUGACCUUCUUGCUGCAGAUCACACUGCUUGUCAAAUGGAUUGUCCAAAUUCUAAUUAUUAUGGCGAAACAUUAAUUAAUCAAAAUUCCCCAUUUUCCAAAACAGACAAUGAACAAAAACCAGAGUGUAUACCUACUUUAGCGGAAGAAACUUCUGUUGUAAAUGCCAAAAGUGUUAAGCCUAGUGAUAAGAACCAAGACAUAAAAAACGAAAAUGUUUAUUCACAGAAAGAAAAUUUGAAACAUAGUCGUUUAAGUAAAGACUAUGAUCAGGAAUUCAAUAAAGAAAAUACUGUUGAUAAACAUACUCGAUUGCCAGAUUGGAAUCCUCAAGCCGUGGAGCAACCAAUAGAGAACGAAGAAUGGGUUGCUUUUCUUCAGAGAUCAAUGGAAGAAAUUAUGGAUGGAGAAAUUGGAUCCUUACUUCAGGAAAAUUGUGUUUCUGUAUUUGUUUCUCCACUCAGGAAUCCAGCAGUGGGAUCUCAAGUCAUAGAGUACGUUGCUUGUUUACUUGCACUUCCGUUCGUCGCAAAAACUUCAGCCAGUAAUCUAGAAACAAUUCAGAAAGUUUAUCUUGAUGUUCGAGUCGUUCCCAAUAUUGUGUAUGGUUUAAAAUUGCUUAUGGUCCAAGGGGAUGAUAAUGAAGCUGCUGCAGAAUUGCCCAUUAGAACAGCUGCGUCUCUUUCUGCCGAGGAACUUCAGGCUAUUGAAAGGAAUAUUCUACUAUUAUGCAGAUUAGUUUAUGUUCAAGAGCAAUUUCUCACUCAAUUUUGCGAUGCGAUUUACAUUAUUAGUGGAAUUCCAGUUCUACAAGAAUUACUCACGUUGGAGAAAAGAAAGUCAGGAGUAGUAGCCUAUCUAUUGGCAAUUUUAAACAAUGUUAUGAGAUGUCAGCCAGAAAAUGCAGAAUUAAUAGAGAAAGUAGUAUUGAGAGUACAAAACAAUGAAUCAAAAGAAAGUAAAUUAGAGCAAUUAGAAAAAUUAUUAACUCAUCAUCAAACUGUUAUGAGAUUGAGAGCAUGCAUUUUAAUGAAGCAUCUUGGUCGAUUCUGCUGCAGAGCUUUACAACAUAUUUGGGGAAACAGUUUGAAAAGUAGCCUAGAAAAAUUAACUAUGGAUGCAGAUGCUUCCGUUAAAGAUAAUAUUUGGUUUCAGGCAGCUGUAAGUGCCGUUAAUGAACUUAAGCAACUGCCUUAUUAUGAUCAGCAGCCGACGGUGGAAUAAAUAUAAGGAUAAACAAAAAAAUCAAAUUAAUUUUUAUAGCAGUUUGCAAAGAUAUUUUUAUACAUAUUGUUAGUGUAUAAUGUAAUAUUUUCUUACAAAACAAAAAGACUGUUGUAUUUUUACAAAUUUCUACCUUUUAAUAAAAUAAUUUAAAAUAUACAUUAAUUGCAAAAUAUAA